AAGAAAACUACUGCAGAUGAUUGGUCUGCUAACGCCGAGCUAACCGGAAAUGCUCUUAAAUGUGAGCAACCCUUCGCUGCCUAGAAAAAAGGGCCAGCCACCAGCCAGGUCAACUUUUGCAGUGCGAGACGUUUGGGCUACAUUUUUUCCCAGAUGAAUGGGACGAACAAGUCGGAUCAAAUAAGGAACGCCACAGCUCAGCCAACUACAUGCAACAUUUUUAUUCCGUUCCCUACCUUUGUUUGCCGACACACCGUGCCCGUUUUGUUGACGUGCAAUUCCCAAAAGCUGUGGCGGUGAUAUGCCGUACAGUUGUUGGUUCUGUGGCAUGCCUGCCUUUUUUUCAGCACUACAGAGUGGGAGUGACGUAACUAAACCCCCCUCCUCGAUGGUAUUUAGUUGUGUCUUUGUCGAUUUGUGUGGGACUGUAUUGAUGUAAUCCUUUACCACAUGUUCGAGGUGAAGUGAAACUUUUGAAGUAUGUAUUUAAUAGAGAAGGACUGCCUUUAUGUAUGAUUCACGUGCAAUUUUUACAAUCAAUUUUUUCGGGAUUUUGAGUAUUCAGUUUGAUGCCCGUGUUUUUUCGUGAUAUGAUUAUUUUACCCUUUGAAUUACACUGCAAUACGAAUGUAAACCACUGAAUUUCUCUACUUCAUCAGCAUGAUGUGUCUAUGUUUGCUUGUUCUUUAAGUUUGUUCUGAUUGGGCUUCUGUAUUGGUGUAGUAUAAAAAAAAUGAUACUGAAGAAAAUUUGAUCUUCAGUCCUAACAGAACUUGCCCACGCAGCAUUCGACUCCGAAUGGCAGAGAACGGACUGCGAGGACAAGGGGGCGGAGCCCUCCUUCCAAGGAGCCGAAUUGCAGAGGCAACCAUGGAAGAUGGACCAGGAGGGGAGGACAGACGGCAGUGCGACUUCUGAUCCCAAUCUUAUGGUGCCCACAGAACUAACAAGACCAGACUGCAUCGGAGCAUGCUAUGGCGACAAAGUGGAUACCUUUGACCGUGACAGCCGCAGAGGUGACACCUCUCCCCAGACCAACAAUUCGGGCCCACACAAGCAGCAGACGCACCAAGGACCGAACAAGCACCCGUGCCGCUUCUGUCCUUACUCAUGCUCUUCCGCCACGGCUGUCGCCAUUCACGAGAGGACUCACACUGGCGAGAGGCCCUUCAGUUGCGAUACCUGCGAAAAAACGUUUGCGGAUAAGUCUCGCUUGAUAUCUCACGUUAAAAUUCACACCGGAGAGAAGCCGUUCAAGUGCAGCACGUGCGGCAGGGCAUUUCGUCAUAAAAACACCUUGGUGGAUCACGAAAGGAUUCAUACAGGAGAGAAGCCGUUCAGGUGUAACACGUGCAGCAGGGCGUUUACUCAGAAAAGGAACUUGGUGGAUCACGAAAGGAUUCAUACAGGAGAGAAGCCGUUCAGGUGUAACACGUGCAGCAGGGCGUUUACUCAGAAAUGCAACUUGGUGGGUCACGAAAGAGCUCAUACAGGAGAGAAGCCGUUUAAGUGCGAGACCUGUGGUAGAGCGUUUGCGGCUGUUACCAAUUUAUACAGUCAUCAGAAGAUACAUCGCAAGUGAUCGAAACCCUUACGUGCAUCAUAGUUGUGAAAGGGGUUUAAACGAAACACUCUAGCACCGACGUGUGUUCAUUUGGCUUGGCGAUAGGCCUGCAGGGGUUCUACUUGCGAGCAGUGUGUGUUUCACAUGGUUCAAAAUGUUUCAGCCUCUUAUUUACAGUAUAAGCUCAGAUAAAAAAAUUGAAUUUACCUUAGACGAAACGACCAGAGUUCUUUUUUGUACACGAAAAAAAGAAAAUACUUGAAGCCUAAUCUUUUUUUAUUAAUUUAUAGUCAUUGAUCAUGUGAUGCACCUGGAAUCUCUGGGUUGUCUGUAGGGUCACUUAUGUUCCUUGCAGGUCGGCCUACUCAUGACCAUAAAUAUACAAACUUAUAAAAUAACUAAGGUCUUUCAAUAGCAGCAAUCUUGAAUAUUGCAAAUGUUAAGAAAAGUACAAGAAAAACCGAGUAAUGCAGAGGGGCCAACAUACUUUUAAGAUGUAAAAAUAAAACUAUAUUCGAAACUAUUUAACACACCAAGCUGGAAACUAAUGCUUUACUCAUAGGACUGCAACAGUAUAUACGUGACUCGGAAGAUUUAGAAAUGCAGUGUAAUUUCCUAUCUCAUUUCGUGAUAUUCUUGGUCCUUUUUCUUUUUGAUUGGUUUGAGUAUCUUAAUUCUGAUGGUAUCAUUCAAUGUGCUUGCUACAUGAAAUACUUGUAUGUAUGUUUUCCUUUUGCAUGAUUUUAUUAUUUUUUGUGCACAUUCAUGAAGACGGCCCUGAUCAUUUAGGAUAUUCAUACUUUUAGUGCUAUUCAUUUGGUGUUCAUAUGUACUUUGUUUCACCUUAGGCAAGAGCGCGGACGAUGUUAUGAGUUAAAGGGCCAAUAAAACAGUGCAGAAAGCGCAACGCCAUGGCGUGCUCUCUGCGCUUGAUAGGACUAGCCGGUGGAGGAGCACGUACAGAGAGAUGGCGAAUACGGGCUAGUCCUAUAGUCCUAUGAACUGCAGAGAACUUGUCAUGGCUUUGUGCCUCUUUCGCUGUUUGAUUGGCCCUUCGGCUCUUAACAUCGGCCACGCUCGGACCUAAGCUGAAACGAAGUACGGUUUCACUUGAAUUCGUGAGGCCUUUAAAUAUUCGAAAUUCCUCUUGUAGUAGACGGAUCAUAUACAUGUGUUGUACUAAAGGCAUAAUUGACUUCAUUGUGUAUAUUCAUGUAUCUAAAAAGUGUAUAUGCAUAAUCCAUCUAAAUAGGUCUCAAUCUGCGCUGAGUGUACAGUGGUUGUCACUAUUGCCUAAUGUGCCAGAAUCGAUGGAGGUGGAGUCGUGUUCCCAAACAGAAAAACGGGCAAAAUCGCUACUGCAAAAGCUACGCAUUGCACAAAAAAGAAGCCUGGUCCCAUAGUGGUGUGUGUCCAAGAAAAAUUGCUAGAGCUCAAUAUAAUGGGAUAUUUAAUAAAUUCUGAGUACUUAAAUUGUUAAAUAUUAGUCUUAAAGGGAUGGUUUCAAAGAUAAAAUUGCUCGGCAUCACCGAGAACGACUAAAUGCACCCAUGUUAUAAUGGCAUGAGGCACGCGCAGCAUUUUACGGCGUUCUGAAACAAUGCCCACUUUGGACACGUAUCUGGCUCUCGGUUUCUUAUCGGAGAGCAUCUCCUCGUGGUCAAUCUCGCCUCCCGAUUGCCCGCGCGGAGAUUCACUUCGAUAAGAAGCCGAAAACAAGACAGGCUUCCUAAUUGGGUGUUUCUUCAGAAGGCCGUAAAAUGCUGCGCGUGCCUCAUAUCAUUGUAGCGUGGGUGUUUUAUCGUAGUAUUCGGUGAUGCUCAGCAAGAUUCUAUUUGAAAUCAUGCGUUUAAAAUAAAUAAUUAGCAAUUCAUUUAUUAAAUAAAAUACUCACCCAAUUUUACUGAAUGCUAAAAGUUUUUCUUGAUGGCAGGUGCAAAGGGCCAAAGCCGCCAGGGUGGUGGAAGCUACGAGCCCGUUGGACCAGUCAUACGUCGAUCUUUCGAAGCAUGCCCACGCUCCCAGCCAUAUCCACGCAGAGGGCGUGGUCAGGCGACAAAAGGGAGGCGGUUGUCUGGUCCGGCAAAUAUGUAGCUCCCGCCGCACUGUCGGCUUCAAGGGGCUGUGCAACGAUAUUGGGUAUUGGGCUUUUGGCACCUGUGGGACCCAAGCACUGUUGUGCCCGUUACACAAAACAUGUAACAAACUAGCGUCACUCGUUAGAUCGUCAAAAUUUAACGAGUUCUGAGAUUCGUUACCGUCUUAAGAACGUAACAAUAUACCGUUACGGUUACUUUUAAAAAAGAAUGAACGUUACUUUUGCGCCAAUUUGAAUAUUACUCAUAUUCGACAGUGAAAGGCCGAGGAUAUGAACUUAGACGACAGUUCAACUUCUUUGGAGUCAUUUCUUUGUGUGUUAUUAGUUUGUAAGAUUUGUUGCAUAUGUUUAUUAUUUUGAAAACUGGCUUUAUUGACUAUGCUCUCUUUUAUUUUCUCUUUUUCGCAAAUAAUUCAUUAAUUUUUUGCACGACAAUAAGGGCUCAGCAAUAAACUUUGGUUGAAUAAAACGCUGGUUUGAACAAA